UACAACACGACUUUGAUAAUGCAAGGAAACUCAAUGAUAAAUGCCACACAAAUUAUCACGUUUUAUGGUAAUUCAAGUGUAUUUCUUAAUGACAAUUGUACUUUAAAAACACACGACUCAAUUUAUAUGAAUGGCAAUAGUUCUUUAGAAAUGAAUGGAACUGCAUUGCUUGAGACUCAAAAUGUUUUGUAUGUAACAGAUAACAGUACAUUAUUGAUGGAUCAAUACUCUAAAAUUGUUAUUGGUGGGUUUGUCAAAAUAUAUAAUGCGUUUGAAUAUCAACGGCCAACCGAUAUACGAAAGUAUUACAAAGGUGGUUUAAAAGUGUAUCAAGGCGCUUUUCUGAUUUCUUCAAAUGUGACUGUUAUAAAAGGAAACUUAUAUAUAAGUGGUAUCUCUGAUCACAAAGAAGAUAUCCCAAAAAUAGAAGUAGACAAUUUUGGUUGUGAAAAUGGUUCGAUAUUUUUUGGAAAAGACUCGUUAAUAAUAACACAUGAGAACGUCAACUUGUCUUUAUGCAUUUUAGACGUUUCUUUUCGAACAAUUCGUGAUAUUCCACUAUUCAUCACUCGUAACUUCGUUUUCAGAAUUAUUACAAUUACAACAACUUAUGAUUUUGAUUUAAUUUAUACUGACAAUGUUUAUUCGGGAAGGAUAAAUGGCGCGUCCAAAUUAUUAUUAAAUGGCAAAUUGACUAGAAUGGGAAGUUCAGAGAAAAUAUUUUGCCAUUUGAAUAAAGUCGAUUUAUCAACAAAAAGAUGGAGUUAUACGGAACCAUACUGUCCUCUUGGAAAUGAUGUUGAUUGGUACAUCACACCGUUGUAUAAUGUGACUUCACUGUUGAUUGAAAACACGACAAAAAGUGACACAAUGGUAUUGAAAAGACACCAAAAACAAACUGAGUUGUAUUCAGAUGAAAGCGCCACAAUUUUUGAUACACAAAUUUCAUUUUAUAAAACAAACAAUUUUGUUGUUGGUAUUUUAGCAAACAAAGUCACUGAAAUAUCAACAUUCAACUUAUCAAAAAAUGUUUUAUUUAUUUCAGAAACAAAUUUAUAUCACGAGGGAAUCACAUUUCGUGCAGCUUUAAACAAGAAUUACACAUUAACGCGUAUUAUCAAUCCAAUUUGUGAAUACCCAUUAAUAUACAAUAAAACCAAUCAUUCAUGUUACACUUCAGUAGAGUGUAGUGAUACAAAUUGUAAGUAUUGUCCAUCAGAUACACGGUCUUGUGUUCAAUGUCAUUCUUCGUAUUCUUUAGAAAGCGGAAAGUGUGUUAAUAUAACAAAUUGUUUAUAUACAAAAGCAAAUCGGUGUCUGUUUUGUUCCAAGGGAUAUCAUUUACAAACAAAUGGUACGUGUAGUCUGAUAAACAACUGUGCUAUAAUUGAGUUUGAUGGAAAAUGCCAAUUGUGUAAUUACAACAAACAGUUGAUUAAUAUAAAUGGGGAUUGUAUUGAAAAAGAUGCCAACAUAUUAAAUUCAAGCGAACACACCAUUGUUUCGUGUAACAAGGGGUUUUACAUCAAUUCAAUGACGUGUAAAAAUUGUACAGACACAUACUCCAACUCCCUAUGGUGUGAAAAUGGAAGAACGACGAAGUGUCAAUCAACAAGUGAAAUGACACCAAAUGGAAAAUGUGAUAUUAAAAUAUGUGACAACAAAAAUGAGUCCAAUGUGAGAUGUUCAGUUGACAUACCAGACUGUCUGUAUACCACAAACAACAAGUGUAUUGAAUGCAAACAAAAUUAUUAUAUUUAUAAUAAUACGUGUCAAUUGUUGAAUGACUCACAUUGUAUGUUGUCAAACACAUUUGGAUGUACAUCUUGUGAAGACAAUUUUUAUCUCACUGACACUCAAAGUUGUGAACGUUGUGAUGAUAAUUGUUUGACUUGUAUUUCUAAUUCGAGAAAGUGUCUAAGUUGUGCAAAUGAUUAUUUUUUAGCUAAUUACAAAUGUGAAACAAAUGAUAACUUAAAAUUAAAAUGCGACUCAUUUUCAAAAGACGGUGGAUGUGUUAUUUGUAAAAGGGGGUAUUACAGAGUUGGUCUUGACUGUUACGACUGUGAUGUUAAAUGUGAAACGUGUAAUAACAAUAUCACGUGUCUUUCUUGUAACUCAACGAAUUAUAGAACUAAAAGUGGAAAAUGCCUUCCACAAUCGUCUAUAGUUGGAUGUGAUAAUGUAACAUCAGACGGCUGUUUAAAAUGUUCAGAACACUAUUUUCAAAUCAAUGGAAACGAAUGUGACAAAUGUGAUAAGAAUUGUAAAGCUUGUUCUUCACAAACAACAUGUGUGACUUGUUCUUCUGAUAUGGUUUUAUCGUCAUAUGGUGAAUGUCUGAAUAUAUCUUCCAUUUCAAAAUGUCUUGAAAUUACAAAUUCACAAUGCACAAAAUGCAAAUUUUGGAAUUCACCUAAUAUAGAAGGGAAAUAUUGUGAAACUAAAGUGGUGUGGUGGGUCAUAUUGAUAUCAGUGCUGGUUAUUAUAGUCUUUCUCGUUUUUAUAUUUAUUGUUAUAGUUUUGAUAAUAAGAAGGAUUCUGGCACAUCUUCAUCAAAAAGAAGUUGAAAAGACGACAACUAUAUUUGCAAUGAAAUUAUCAAAUGUCAAGUUUAUAUUACUUCGUGGGGGAAUAAGCGUUCAGAGUAAAGAAAUCGAUUUUAAUUCAGACAUCGAAGAAAUGCCAGUUAAUGAAGAAACCAAACAGACUUUUUGUGUUGGAAAUUCAUCGAAAAAUGUUGUUAAAAUUCAAUUCACAAUUUCUUCAAAAAUCGACAAAUUAAUAAUCAGAUUUGACCCAGAAAUUGUGUGUACUUGUCAUAUCACUGAUACCAUUCAAAUUGUUUCUAAAAAUAUUAAAAACGGAAAAGAAUGUUAUAAUUCAAUCACUAUCAUAGGAGUGACAAAACAAUCAACAAGACUUGAUUACGACGAAUUGAACGAAGAGAAGAAACUUGGUGAAGGAUCAUUUGGUGUUGUGUUUAAAGGCACAUUCAGAGGAAACACAGUUGCCAUCAAAAAGAUGAAAAACAGCAAUGAUGACAAAGAUAAAAGCAACGAGUUUGAGAAGGAAGUGAAUAUGUUAGACAAGUUCAGAAAUGAGUACAUUGUCCAUUUCUAUGGUGCUGUAUUUAUACCAAGUCACAUUUGCAUGGUUUCUGAAUUUGCAGAAUAUGGGAGUUUACAGGAUUUGAUCAAACACAAAAAGAGUGAUGACAUUGACAUGAAGUUGCGUGUCAAAAUGCUGUUGGAUGCAGCAAGGGGAAUAUUGUAUUUACAUGAGAACGGGAUAUUGCACAGAGACAUCAAACCAGACAACAUUCUUGUCUUUUCAAUUGAACUAAAUGAUGGUGUCGAUGCAAAAUUGACUGACUUUGGAAGUGCGAGAAAUGUGAAUUUGUUGAUUACAAACAUGACAUUCACAAAAGGUAUUGGAACACCAAAAUACAUGGCACCUGAGAUAUUGAAUAAACAACACUACAAGAAACCAGCCGACGUGUUCUCGUUUGCAAUCACUAUGUACGAGUGCUUUGGUUGGACAGAUGCAUAUCCAAAACAAAGUUUCACAUAUGCUUGGGAUAUUGUGGACUUUGUCGUCAAUGGAAAACGAUUACCACAACCAAAAAAUAUCGAUAACAAUAUUUACAAAAUAAUCAACGAAGCUUGGGAUGAUGAUGUUAACAAAAGAAGUCAAAUAAAAAAUAUAAUAAUAAGUCUCGAAAACUUAAAUAUUUGA